AUGGCGCGCACAUCACAACGCUACCAAAUCGAGAUUCCCAAGCGAGAAGAGGGAAACCUCUUCUUAACUCCCCCCCACCGCGAGAGCUCCAAUUCCCCAAAGAGGGCACUCGUAGCCGGUGCAGCAAGAAGUUUUGCUUUUCUUUUCCGUGCAAGCAAAAAAAGACGAUGGAUGGGACUUGUGAUGGAGAUCGACAUGAAGCUCGAUGGGGUUUUCUUCCAUCCAUCAAUGGGGGUGCUUCACUUUAGGCUUCUCGCUUAUGGCGUCUGUCUGUCUCGGAUCUACGCUCAAAGCAAAACAACCAAAAAAAACCUUAACCCCAACCAACCAGGUCCCUCUCCCUUCUCCCUCGAAGCGAACGAAAGAAACCGGUCGGUGCUCGGCACAACAAUCGGAGCCCGUGAAUGGGGGGGGGUGGGAAGUGGAAAGGAAGGGCCGGCCGCAAAGUAUGAAUAA